AUGGCUGCAGAGUCCGAGUGGCCGGCUCAUCUUAACGGUACCUCUGGCCAACCCAGAGUGGUCAAGGAUGCAGCGCCGGCAGGAUCGCAUCUGGCGUAUCGGUCGGCCGAUGAACGCGCCAUCGAUAAUCAAUCCGAUAAAUCACAGCCACAACCCACCUCACAGGUGCCUAAGCUUACUCCCAAUUUUCCUACCCCUUCCGCCGCCGUCUCUACCACAACCUCCGCCGUUUCCUCUCGGGAAUCUUCUCCGGUCCGACUCUCCUCGCGGGCCCUCAAUUCUUCCCCCAGCAGCCGGGUUUCUUCGCAGACUCGAAAGCCAAGUCAAGAUCAAGCCAGCCCGAACCGACACUCCAACGGCUUGACGUCUGGUCAACCUACACAUUCCCCAUCCGCGAGCUUUUCGCGUUCCUCCUCUUCACCCGUCAAAUCUCUCGUCCUCUCCGCUCCCGUCGACUUAUUGGCCAAUGUUGCCAGCCCGGAAAAGUCCAAUAUGCCAUCAUGGGCCGCAAACCGUCGUACCGAGGUGGAGUCGCCGACCCUUCCAAAUACUUCACACAAAAGAACGCCACAGCCGUCAGAGGAUCCAACAAAGGUGGACCGAAAUGUGGUGGCCCGGGCUACCACUCGAACCAAUAGUGGACAAGGCUCGUCGUUGGAGACAGUCGAAGAGAUGGCAAGCAACCCAACCACACCUUCGGGCGAGACAGCUGCCAAGCCGAUGACACCGGAGGAGUCUCGGUUGGAUCGCAUCGAUGAAGACCCAACCCCGCGUGCCUCACAACCGCAUCGAGGGAGUGGCAGUGACAGCGGCGAGCAUCGAGCCGCCGAUCCUAAGGAAGAGCCUCGUCCCCAGACCACCACCGCCGCGAAGACUCCCCGAACCCUCAUGCCGCAACGAUCGACAACUUCCCUUAGUGCUGGCGCUCGUGGGAAGCCUGCCGAUGGCUCGGUUCGGAACAUGAUCGUGGAAACAGAGACAGUCAGCUCGAUCCCGCAGGUCUCCAUGGGAGUUGGAAAUGGUGAGCGAGGCGCUGUUUCUCGCUCGGAAACGGGCACGCUCCGUGUGAAAGCUUCCACCGAAACCAUUCGUCCCCGCAAAGAAAAGAAGAAGCACCGCCGAGCCAACAACCUCACGGCAGGCGCUGCAUCAAGCAAGGCGGAUAUCUUCGAGGCCAAAGUGGCCAACGCGGUGGAUGAGGCCGAUGUUUCAGACUCCGAUGAGACUUUCGUUUACGAAUCAAACCCGCCAGAUCCAUACCCCAGUCGACCUCCUCGUUAUCACUCCCGGACGCCUAGUGCAACCUCUAAUGCGAGUCAGGACCUGGCUAGUCGCACACGAGGGUUGCGGGAUGCUUCCCACGGCGUGACGGGCAAGCGCAGCAUGAAAUUUGCCACUGCUUCUUACAGCAUUGAUGGUGACGGGCCGGAUGCUGAUGGGACUUCACGAUCCUCCAGAGUUGACGGAAACGGAACCAUCACCCCACGACACCACAAUAUUGGCAGUCGUCACCACCCUCGCAAUGGCAUGCAUAAUCUUUUUGAUUCGGACACACUUUCUCAAUCGCAACCACAAUCUCAAGCUCCGAAAUCACCACGCCAUUUCACUGGCACGGGCUACCGACAUUCCCGACACAGCAAUACCCGAAUGUCUCCAAACUACCGUACUAUGAGUGGUGCUAAGAAAAACGAUGAAACUUGCAUGGAUGAGUUCGCAGCCGAAGGCGCAGAUGAUGAGCGCACACCCCUGGUGGGAAUGCGCUCAGUUCGCAGUCGGAAUGGUGGUCGUCGACCCAACAGCGCCAGUUUACGCCAGAUGGAGUAUAUGGCGCAGCGACAUCGCGGAUUUUUCUCCCGAUUUGGUUCAUGUGCUAUCAUCCUCCUGCUCCUGUUGAUUGUAACAGGCGGUGUAACCUCGUUCAUUGUCGCAGCAACUCAACCCCUUCUUGAUGUCCAAGUCAUUGCCAUUCAAAAUGUGCUUGCUUCAGAACAGGAGCUUAUGCUUGAUUUAAAUGUGCAGGCCGUCAAUCCAAACCUGUUUCCAGUGACCAUUGAUGACACGGACGUCGACAUCUUCGCCAAGAGCGGAUAUGUUGGGUCUGAUAAAUUCUGGCGCGAGCAUGGUGCAAACGACCCGGAUUACUUCCCGCGGGUGGAGCAAAGCCGACGUCGCUGGCAACUCUCACAAACCGUGCGAUGCAUGGGCAGCGUGGAAUGUCUCAAGAAAGCCAUGGGUGGACACUCAGCACCGCACGUCAGUGGCGGUGUCGACAAGGGCACCGAUCCUCCAGAAGACCCAGAAGGCGAUCCGAAAUCUAUGCUACUCGGCCGCGUAUUCCGCUUUGACUCUCCACUCUCUUUUGAAUCCUCGCCAUGGAAUCACUUCACCUCGAGCUCGAAAGGACAAAUCCGUCUAAGCCGACCAGGCAAUAAGACCGAGACAGGAGGCACAGAGCGCUGGGAGCAUGUCCUCCAACAUCCCUUCGAACUGACAGUCCGCGGCGUGGUCAAAUACCAACUCCCACUAAGUUCCCGCUACCUAUCGGCAACCAUCAGCUCCACCAUCAAGGUGGUACCAGAUGCCGAUGACUCAGACACACCGGGCAACGACACAGCGCGAAUUUCUGGCGCCAAGCAAAUUCCAACACUUCGCCUUCCACUCGAUACUCGCUCCGCGGGCUCGAGACGACCCUUUACGGCAUAA